UAAAAAGGUAUAUAAAGAGAACAUAAGACAGUGUGAUCCUCAUUAACAUAUGAAACAGACUUCAUAUGGAGAAUCAUCACAGGUAAAUUUACUAUUGCACUAUACGCUUUUUGAUAGACUAGAACAAUAUUAGAGAACUGGAUAAUUUUGCUUAAGUACUUAUUGGGUCACUAUCUGAAGAAACUGGUUGAAUCUUGUGAACCUGACUGAGUCUCCGAAAAACAGGGGUCUAACCACCUCUUGAUCACACAGACAAAGCGGGCGUUCGCAUUUUAGACACCAGUGGUGAUUAGCAAUUCAAGGAAAAACAGCCAAGUACCAGUUACAAUAUAUUGAGUCCAUACACAAGAGUUGGACGUGUAUAAAGAUAUUGGAAUUCGGAAUCUAGCGUCAUAGCUGCGAGAAUACCGAUUACAGGAAAAGUGACCAAGGGGCUGAGCAUUUAAGCUGUGUUGGAUGGAGGGAAAGAGUGACACCAAUCAGACGCCUGGGGACGGGAGUUUUCCCCAUCCCUCUAAUGUACUGCAGGACAUCUCGGCAAACGGGAAUCGGGAGCGAAGGACACCUCACUGUGCCCCAUAUGAUCUUAUUAGAGAAGCUGGGGCAGCAGUUGGGUCAUCCCACCUGGUCAGUGUAUGGUUGGCUGAUCACUAAGUUCCUGAAGUAUCACAACAAGAUGUUAGAGGAGAGUGCGGUGUCUCUGUCUGGGAUCCAGCCUGGAGAUACAGUGUUAGAGCUGGGCCACGGUCCAGGGCUGGGCCUGAAGGCUGCAGCCACACUGCUGACAGAACCUACUGGGAGACUCAUAGGAGUGGACUACUCACAUUACAUGCACCAGAUGGCAGGUGAUCUUCUGAAGGAGUUGGUGUCCAAUGGGAAGGUGUCUCUGUAUCAGUGUGAUGUGGCAGCCAUGCCUCUAGCAGACAAUAUGGUAGACAAGGUGUUCCACUGUAAUUGUUACUACUACUGGCCAGACCUGAGGAAGGCAGCUGCAGAGAUACACAGAGUCAUGAAACCAGGAGGUGUGAUGGUGACCACUCUGAGACUGAGCAGAGUGGUCAGCUUUGCGUCCAGGGGGGAGUUUCCUGGACGGAACUGGCAACCCGAGGCCUACAUGGCAGCUCUGAGAGCCUCUGGGUUUAACCAGGUCACAAUGGAGGAUCAUCAACACAGACACGUCACCUACCAGGCCAUUUACGCUACUGCUGACAAGUGAUGAACACACACACCAUCAUUUGCCAUUCAGGCAUCGAGGAUCACUUGCUUUUUAAAAAUAGCUGUGGGUUGUUUCAAAUCACAAGCUCGUUGGCCUGUUAGGGCAGCGUGGCAAUAUGCCAAGCUGAUUACUGAGUUGUGAAAAACAUCAAAAAUAUGUGAGGAUAAUGUGUCUGGAGUAUAAUAAAAAAUGUUGACACAGGAGUUAUAGGAGAGUCUCUCUCUCUAGGGGUAUGUGGUGGAGAUAUAGGAGAGUCUCUCUCUCUCCAGGGGCGUGUUAUUUUCCACCAUAAUUUGCAAAUAAAUUCAUUAAAAA